AUGGAUAAAGUUUGCACUUUUUGCAACGCAAAAAAGUGGGCCGGUGAGCAACCUGGGCUUUGUUACUCUGGGGGCAAAAUCAAACUCCCUUCUUUAGACGAAACUCCCCAGCCGUUUAGGGACCUCCUUCUGGGUACAACUUCGGAGUCAACGCAUUUUCUUGCAGCAAUACGGAAGUACAACUGUUGCUUCCAGAUGACGUCUUUUGGUGCGAAGGCUAUUAGUGAGUGGGGAUGGAUACAUACUUUCAAAGUGCAAGGCCAGGUUUACCACUUAACGGGAUCACUUUUGGCUGAUCAGGGAGAGCCACCUCAGUUCCUACAAAUUUACUUUCUCGUUGACUACAACGAGCAGGUUGAUGCGCGUCUCGGCAUUCUGCCUAGCGAUAUUUCUGUCGGUCCCCCGUUGUCAUCGAUGCAGAAAGAUGGCCUCACGGUGAGCAUGAGCGUCGCAUGUAAUGAAAUCGCCGCAGUCAUCCACGGUGAGGAGCAUAACAGCCGUGACAUUGUCAUAAGGUACCGGGGCGGUGAUCUGCGCUGCAUCAGUGAAACCCACUGUUCAUACGACUGUCUCCAGUACCCACUUCUUUUUCCAUACGGAAGCGAUGGGUACCACUUCAAAAUCCCAAUAUACCAGGCAAGCAGAGAUUCCAAAGUCGACCUCAAAGACGGUCUCCUGUAG